CUUUUCCUCGACGAUAUAAACCCAAACAUCUCACGCUCAUCUUUUUCAUCGCCAAAUGAAAAUUUCCUCCCGUACCGACCAAGAAACGCUCCGUUUUGCAGAUCUAUUCUAGGUUUCCUCCAUGGCUCUCGAAUGGGUUGUGCUCGGGUACGCCGCGGCUGCAGAAGCGGUCAUGGUGCUUCUUCUCACCAUCCCCGGCCUCGACGGCCUACGCAGAGGACUUCUCGCGGUGACGCGUAAUCUCCUGAAGCCGUUCCUUUCGGUGGUCCCGUUUUGUCUCUUUCUGCUUAUGGAUAUCUACUGGAAGUAUGAGACGCGCCCGACGUGCGAGGAGGAAUCAUGUAGUCCGUCGGAGCACUUGCGCCACCAGAAGUCCAUCAUGAAGAGUCAGCGCAACGCGCUCUUGAUCGCGUCGGCUUUGCUGUUCUAUUGGCUGCUGUAUUCCGUCACGCAUCUUGUGGAAAGGAUCCAGCUGUUGAAUCAGAGGAUCGAGAGGCUCAAGAACAAGGAUUGAGUGAUUAAUUGAGGUUGUUUUCCUUUGUCUUUGCUUAAAAGUUACAUUGAGGCUUUCAGAUAAGCUCAGCGAAUUCACUUUUAUUUACUGAAUGGUGUUUCAUUUCUAGACGUUCUGUGUGAUAACUUUGUUUCAGUGCUCGCUUGUUUCAGGGCAAUCUUCAGUCUUCGGAUUGUUUGUUAUGUAUUAUUCAAUGGAGUUUAGAAUUUUAAAAAAUGCACUGCAAUAGAUUUUUGAUA